AUGCCGUACAAGGUUAUCGACAUUUCUGUCUGGCAAGGCGACAUUGAUUUCAACGCCGCUCGUGAUCAAUCUGGCGUCCAAGGCGUUAUGAUUCGCUGCGGAUAUGGUUCUUACAGCCCAGCCCAAAUUGAUGGACAAUUCCACAACCACAUGAGAGCUGCUAUCGCUGCUAACAUGCUCAUUGGUGUUUACCACUAUGGUUACGCUCAAUCCGUUCCAGAAGCCGAAGGUGAAGCCGAUUUCGCUAUCAGUAUUUUCGACCAGUACAGACAGUGGAUCAGAUUACCAAUUGCUUACGAUAUCGAAGAUCCAACAAUGAACGUAGGAAGAGAUUUGGUAGGUCAAAUGGCGGCGGCGUUUGCGAAUAAGAUCAGGGCAGCAGGUUAUACUCCAAUGUGUUAUUGCAACUUGAACUGGGCUACGAACUUCAUUAACAUGGAUAUUGUCAAUGCUAAUGGUAUCGAUGUUUGGAUUGCACAAUACAACUCAGAAUGUCAGUAUUGGGGUCCGUACGUUAUGUGGCAGUUCACUGAUUGCCUUCCAAUCGGUGGCUAUUAUGCUGGUGUCGAUGGCUCUUGGUGCUAUAAGGAUUACUAA